ACUAUCUCUACAAUUAUCGCGUCCGAUCGCUUUGAAUUUAAGACUCCACAUUAUGAUAACCCGGUCGCACUGCCGGGGUCGUGAAUUUAAAAUUAUCAGAACUGCAAAAAACAUUCGCCGUACCGAGUUUUUGCUAACGAAUAUAUACAAAGGGCACUCCAAAAGUAAGUUUCCCUAUUUUAUAUCUUUUGAUGCGAAGUUAUUAGAGGUAAGUAUUGUACAGCAUUAUCAACAAUGGUCAGUGGUGCAAUGACUCAUGCACACCUGGUGAGCCAGUUAACCACUGGCUAUUUGUGGCAUUUGUUUAUUGCCAGUCACUUUUACACCAAUUUCCACGUGUUUAAUUACAAAAUGCCUUUUACGAAGGAAAAUAUUCGCGCGGUUAUCUUCUCUGAAUUUUCACACGGUUCAGACUGUAAGGCUUGUUUUGCAAAAAUUAAGGGAGUUUUCGGAGAGUGCUGUCCAUCGAUACAGACUAUUAGAACGUGGUACAGAAAAUUCCGUGAUGGGCGAAAAAUUGUGGAAGAUCAGGGAAGAUCAGGAAGACCACGGACAGCGGUCAAUGCUCGAAAUAUUUCCCGUGUGAGCGAUCUUGUCCACAAAUAUCCUCGAAUUACAUUUCAACAGAUUAUGAACGAACUUGGCCUUGGUGCGCAGGCAGUGGCGACGAUUUUGCAUGAACAUCUGAAUUUGAGGAAAAUUGUUUCCAAGUUCGUCCCGCAUACGCUAACGGAGAGCCAAAAACGGGCACGUGUGAAAUUCUGUCGGGAUCUGUUGGCGCGCUGCAAGAAUUAUCCUCGUCGUCGUUUAUCUGAGAUCUUUACUGGUGAUGAAACAUGGGUUUAUCACUGGGAUCCGCUAACGAAACGUCAGUCGAGGGAGUGGAUCGAAAAAGGGAAGAAGGGAUCAGUCCAGGUUCGUAAAGAUCGAUUCGCUGAGAAGACUAUGUUCUCUGUUUUCUUUAACGCAAACGGCAUAAUAAAUAUCACUCGGAUACCUGAGGGAAGGACAGUAACUGCGCAGUUUUAUACUCAAGUCUGUGUUCGUAAAACGCUGGAGAAGCUGCGGAAGAAAAUCGGGAAGUCGAAUAUGCGCUUUCAACUGCUUCAUCAUGAUAAUGCGCGUGCCCAUACUGCUCGACUGACAAAAAAUUAUUUAAAGAAACGAAAGAUCAGAUUACUACCUCACCCUCCUUACAGUCCAGAUCUUAGUCCCUGUGAUUUUUUUUUGUUCUGGAAAAUGAAAGAUUUAUUAAGGGGAAACCACUAUAAAAAUUCAAUGGACACGGAAGCUGCCGUGGCAAAUGCUCUUCGAAGUCUUUCUGUUGACGGGUUUUCUGAUGUUUUUGAUGAUUGGUUAGUCCGGUGUAAAAAAUGCAUUGAGGCCAGAGGUGAUUACUUUGAAUAAAGAAAUUGUAACAAUUAAAGAUACUUGGUCGCAUCAAAAGAUAUAAAAUAGGGAAACUUACUUUUGGAGUGCCCUUUGUAUAAGUACACUUUUUUUCUGUU